UGCAAUCAGUCUUUGUUGAAACUAACAUAUAUCAACGAACAUUAACUGGUGAGCAGAUUAAACAUGGGCAAAAGAUUCUUCAUUCUCUUUUUUCUUCUUCUUUCUCUCUUGUUGAGUUCUAUGCUGUCUGCAACAGAGGCGAGGGCAUUGAAGGACUCAAAGUUGCAGUACAGCAAGGCUGGUAAAAAGAUUAAUGAGGCCACAUUGAGAGGGUUGUCUCUUCGUGCUGUGAAGGUUUCAGGGCCAAGCCCGGGUGUGGGACACAGAUACAAAAAUCUUCAAACUAUUGGACUUGAGAACUCUGGUCCUGGCCCUGGUGAGGGACAUAAGUAAAUCUGUGGCAAUAAUAGCAACUUAGUUCACGCUGCUCUGAGCUUACAAAAUGCAUAUCCUAGGAGUCAGGACCGGGUACCCAGGUGCCACCAGAUGCGGCCCUAGUUAUAAUUUGAUCCCGUUAAUUAACCUGACAUGGGCCAAGAUUUCAGUCUGGGAACAUUUUGGGCAUAGCCCAUGGAGCAAGCCGAUGGGUGAUUUAAAUGGGCUAAUGCCUGUUAAACUUCAAUGACUUCUUUUAUCUUGGAUUAAUUAAUGCUCAAAAUACUUGAAAAGUCUUUAUAUUUAUGUAUUUUAUUUA